AUGGAGUUUGGGGAGAAACAAGGCACCAAUGCCACAACAUCUAAAAAACAAGCCCUUGGAAAAUCGUGCUCUUGGAGCGACGGGCGUAUUGUCAAGAGCCUCUUUCUACUCAUAUACCUUUGCUCAACUCUUUCCAAUUUGGUUUUUCCUCACACCCACCUUAACAGCUAUGUUACUGGUGAGGUGGACGAGUUUCUCGUGCCCAAAUUGCACAAGACUAUAAACGCCAUUGAAGCUCUCCUUCAGGGGAAGACGACAGGUUUGGAGCAAAUGUUACCAGAAACGUGGCCACAUGCAACUUACGACGUUUAUUUCAACGGCCUUUGCAGAGUAAACGAUGAUUCGUCGACAGUAUGCUACCAAGGCACGAAUAUCGAGGAUCUCAUUGCAGGAGACAUUGGUCUCCAAAUUGCUCAAUACAACCAUAUGGAGAACCCAAACGCUUUCCGAAGGGAGUUCAUUCUGACAUUUCAUGAAAUCAAGCAGGAACUCAUUUAUGCAGUGGAGAGCAGAAGGUUCUAUUCCUCGGAAACUGAAAUUUGCCCAGCAGAAAGACCUCUGUAA